AUGGCAAAUGAAAUUUGCAAUCAUUCUUUUUGUUUGUUCUGUUUCUUAGCUGCAACGGUCUUUUUCAUUGUUUUCUUAGGGCACAAGAAACGCUGUAACACGAAUAAGAAAAGACUGCCACUAGGCGAAAUGGGGCUUCCUUGGGUAGGCCAGACAAUGGAGUUCUACAAAGCUCAACGGAAGAACAGUUUGUUUGAUGAUUUCGCUCAACCUCAGAUUGCUAAAUAUGGUAAAAUCUUCACAACGCAUCUGAUGGGAUCACCAACUGUGAUUGUAAAUGGAGCCAAUGCUAACAAGUUCCUGCUGUCCAAUGAGUUCAAGUUGGUGGUGAGCUCGUGGCCUUCGGCAUCAGUUCAGCUGAUGGGAAAGGACUCCAUCAUAGAAAAGCAAGGGGAGAGGCACCGCUACCUGCGCGGACUUAUUGGGGCGAGCCUUGGCCAGGAGGGGCUUGAGACGUUGGUGCCUAAAAUAUGUCACUCUGUGCGGUUGCAUUUGGACACAAAGUGGAAAGGCCAGGACUAGAUUAGCCUUUACCGCUCGACGAAAAUUUUGACGUUUACCAUAGUGUUUGAGUGCUUUUUGGGGAUCAGUGUGAAGGCAGAGAUGUUGGGAAUAUUUGAGAGAGUUUUGGAAGGGGUUUUUGCAGCGCCUGUUCAAAUUCCUGGUUUGAGGUUUUGGAGAGCAAAGAAAGCGAGGGUGGAGAUAGAGAAUAUGCUGAUUGAAGUAGUGAGAGAGAAGAGGAUGCAAAUGGAAGGCAAGAUAGAAGCAGAGGAGGAGCAGGGAGGAACAUUGCUUUCACAAUUGGUGGCUGGAAUGAUUCAAGGAGAAAUCACUGAGGAGAAGGUUGUUGAUAAUGUGGUGUUGCUUGUUUUUGCAGCUCAUAAUACUACUUCUUUCGCCAUUGCUAUGACUUUCAAAAUGUUGGCUCAGCAUCCUUAUUGCCAUAGUAUUCUACUGAAAGAACAUGCUGAGAUAAUGAGAAGCAAAAGACCAGGUGAAAAUCUGACACUGGAUGACACAAAGAAGAUGAAGUAUACCUGGCAGGUUGCGCGUGAAAGCAUGCGCAUAUUCCCCCCAAUCUUCGGCUAUUUUAAGAAAGCCAUCGCCGGCAUUGAGUAUGAAGGCUUUACCAUACCUAGAGGAUGGAAGGUGUUGUGAACAACAUAUGGAACACAUUACAACUCUGAAUACUUUCAAGAUCCUCUGAGUUUCAAUCCAAGUUGGUUUGAGGAGUCAGUCCCACCGUAUGUGUUCCUUCCAUUCGGGGGAGGGCCAAGAGUGUGUGCAGGCUACCAACUGGCCAAGUUGAAUAUCCUUAUCAUCGUGCAUUUCGUUGUUACGUGUUAUGAUUGAUCUUUGCUUUAUCCCGACGAGCCCAUAACCAUGGAUCCUCUUCCAUUCCUUUCCCAUGGGAUGCCUAUCAGAAUUUACCCAAAAUUUCCCAUAGCGCAACCCGAGAAUUCUUGCAACUCAAUGCAUAAAUAG